AUGGAAAACUCAAAUUUGUAUCAACGUAGGCCUUACUUCCGCGUUUUGGACGACGGAGACGACUAUUUCGAUCAAGAACUCAUGUAAGUUGACCAGACCUCAAACCUCUCGGACUUAAAAAGAAAUCAUUCACUCAUGUAAUGCUUUUGUUCAUUUAGCGAUAACUUAAAUCGACGGAUUGCGAGAGAAAACUCGGGACAGUCGUCGAUCAGUGGGCAAUAUUGGCCUUUCCCAGCUGCAAGCACCUCAUUUAACCGUCCAUCUGAACCUCAACCAACAAAUCAGUUUACAAACCGGAUAGUGCCCUGUCGAACAGAGUCACCGAUUCCACUUGCAGCGAGCACGCCACCCUCUUCUUCUGCUGCUUCAAGUGAUUCUGAAGUAACGAAUGUCACNUACUUACGCUUUAUCAAAACAAGAUAAGGAAAUUGAAACAUCAAUCAAACUCGUUCGCAUCUGGCGGGAAAUUGAAGACACGCACAUCUCACUCGAUUGCUUACUUCAGGGCCAAGGUUUACGAACAAAGAAAAGAGCAUGGAAAACUCAAAUUUGUAUCAACGUAGGCCUUACUUCCGCGUUUUGGACGACGGAGACGACUAUUUCGAUCAAGAACUCAUGUAAGUUGACCAGACCUCAAACCUCUCGGACUUAAAAAGAAAUCAUUCACUCAUGUAAUGCUUUUGUUCAUUUAGCGAUAACUUAAAUCGACGGAUUGCGAGAGAAAACUCGGGACAGUCGUCGAUCAGUGGGCAAUAUUGGCCUUUCCCAGCUGCAAGCACCUCAUUUAACCGUCCAUCUGAACCUCAACCAACAAAUCAGUUUACAAACCGGAUAGUGCCCUGUCGAACAGAGUCACCGAUUCCACUUGCAGCGAGCACGCCACCCUCUUCUUCUGCUGCUUCAAGUGAUUCUGAAGUAACGAAUGUCACCGCCAAAGGAAAUCAGUCGCGUGCCAAGUCUGCCGACUGGACUAAAGAAGAAACUUUUGAUCUUUUACAAGCAUGGGGCCCCAAGUACGAGAAACUU